AUGGCUUGUACAAGCCCCAAUAACUGCCUUGCUGCAUAUGAUCCUGAGUGGGAUCCCUGGGCCGUCAAGAAAAAACGUUGCAGCUCAGCACCGCGUCCAUGGGAGGCCCGCUCCCGCCUCCGAGACAUCCUUGCCAGUGCAAGUUCUGUGAAACGCCAGAACAGCAUUGGAGUUGGCAGAAGAGUGUGGAUGGCUCCAGAAUUUUAUCAGGACAGGGAAUAUAUGAGGUAUAUGAAUAUGUUACUUGCCGGCGUUCCUAUAUCAGACGAGGAGAAGGCAGAACCUAAGGAUGACGGGCGUAAUGGUCGACGGGGUGACGGGCGGAUGACGGGCGGAUAG